CACCGGCGGCAUCUCAUCCGAUCCCCAAAAAAGUGUAAAUCAAACGGCAUCCGCAGCUCCUGUUUCCGUUUUAUCCCCAUCUCAUCUCGUCCGGCUAACUCGAUCCUCUUCUCAGUUGCCCUCACCAUGCAGAGAGAUGGGCUCGGCAGGCUGCUGCUGCUCCACGUCGCCGCGCUGUCCACGGCCGGCGCGGUCGCGGCUGCAGCCGUGCUGCGGCGGCGGCACCGGAGGAAGAUGAAGGCGCUUCUGCCGGCGCCGGCCAUGGCGGAAAUGCCCAAGGUGGUGAUUGCCGAGCAUGGCCACGUCGAGCACAUCGAGAAGUUCUCCCACUACGUCGCUCGGCAGAUGGGUUUCGAGGACAUGAACGAGUGCCCCCAGCUCUGCAAAGUGGCCAACAACUACCUGAAGAAGACGAAGAACUGCAUGGACGACAUCUACGACCUCCUGGCCAACGCCCCGGACGCGGAGUCGCUCUACGUCAAGCUCAUCGAGGAGCUCGACAAGUGCAUCCUCGGCUACUUCGCCUUCCACUGGGACCUCUGCACCACGCUCAUCAGCCAGGCUUUGACCGUGGACAGCGCCACCAAAAAGAAGUUGAGGAACCUGGUGCUCGAAGCCACCAGGAAGCAAAGGUUCGAGCGGAUAACGAAGGAUCUGAAGGUGACGCGUGUGUUCUCGACGCUAGUGGACGAGAUGAAGGCCAUCGGCAUCGUCAACGGGAUCAACGGUGAGGAGGAGGCGCACUGCACCGACGUGAUGGCUCCGGUGGCGCAUGACAACCGGUCCCCGGUGCUGCUGCUUAUGGGCGGCGGGAUGGGCGCCGGCAAGAGCACCGUGCUCAAGGAGAUACUUGAAGAGCCGUUUUGGACAGAGGCAGGAGCGAAUGCAUUGGUGGUUGAGGCGGAUGCCUUCAAGGAGACGGAUGUGAUCUACCGUGCCAUCAGCUCCAUGGGCCACCACAACGACAUGCUCCAAACAGCUGAGCUGGUGCACCAGUCGUCGACGGACGCGGCGUCAUCGCUGCUGGUGACGGCGCUGAACGAGGGGCGCGACGUGAUCCUCGACGGCACGCUCUCGUGGGAGCCCUUCGUGGAGCAGACCGUCGCCAUGGCCCGCGCCGUGCACCGCCAGCGACACCGGAUGGGCGUCGGUUACAAGGUCGAGGACGACGGCACCAUCACCGAGAACUACUGGGAGCCCGUCCCCGAAGACGAGGACUUUGUCACCGCCGAAGGUACCAGGAAGCCCUACAGGAUCGAGAUCGUCGGCGUCGUCUGCGACGCCUACCUCGCCGUCGCAAGAGGGAUCAGGAGAGCGAUCAUCACGGGAAGAGCGGUGAGGGUGAAGUCGCAGCUCAUGUCGCACAAGAGAUUCGCGGCGGCGUUCCAGAGAUACUGCCACCUCGUCGACGGGGCCAAGCUAUACAGUUCCAACUCCUUGGGCUCUGCGCAGUUGAUCGCGUGGAAGGGCGGGAUCAACGGCAGCCUGCUAGUGGAGCCGAACGAGAUCGAAUGCCUGGACAAAGUGGGCAACCUCAACGAGAAUGCCACCUCCCUCCACGAGCUCUACCCCGGCGGCGCCACCACCUGCGGGUCACGCUCCAUCUGGGACGACAUGAUCGUCGCGCCGUCUCGUGCCGUCAUCCAGCAAGAGAUCCGGGAGGCCAUCUGCCCCACGACCACCGAGGCAAAGAAGACACCAACCGCCUUGUAGCAUCAGUCAUUAUAUUCUUGAGCCUCGAUGAUCGAUCGUGGCAAAUUAUAAUUGAGGCAGAUUGUGGAAACUCUAGUUGUUUUGGAAACUCUUAUGGUAAUAAUACUUGUGAAUAUUCAAUUUAUGUAGUAAUAACACUGUCUGCAGCUCGCAAUUCAAAUGAAAUGUAUGUUGCGAGACAUUACCUGAAUAAAUGUUGUAAUUAGCUGAUGAGUAAUAAUAUCUAGAGUGAAUUUCACUUUUA